CCGAUGGUUUGCUCCGUUGCUAUGCUAGUGUGGACGUUCUCUCGGGUGAUGGAGAAAAAGGCAGCUAGCUCGCCGGGUUUGACCUUAUAAAACGUCUCAUUUGGACUCCGCGACCGUUACAAAACCAUGGCCGGGAUAAGACGAGGUGCUGGCAAAUAUUCCGGAGUCAACCCGGCCGUCAGUUGCUGCCGCCUGCGUCAGGUCCAGUCUCUGCUUGAUGUCGGUGAUACUUUGAGUUCCGAUGGGAUCCUGUGCUCUCUCGGAAUCGACAGCAGGUAUAACGAAGGCUGCACGGAGCUGGCUAAAUAUCUCUUCUACGGACUCUAUGGAAGAAGUGCCAUCAACGUGGAACAUUCGCUGGAGGGAUGUUCAGAGGAAAUGCUGGAUGACGUGAUCCUUGUAAUCAAGACCGAGUGCGUUCUCCUCUACUGCAACCCGCUCAACUUGGUUCACCUGCUGCCCUACGUGUCCCACUGGAGGAACCUGCACCUCUACUGCAUGACCGAAGCCGAGUAUGAAGACGAAGAGGCGGCGGAGGAGUUCAAAAUCUCGAGUUUUGUCAGCAUGGUGCAGGACUGCCAUCGUAUCGGCGUGCCCUACAGCUCCCUGGGCCACGUCCAAAAGUUUGACAUUUUCACGGUGGAAAAGUGGCCCCUCAUUCAGGCUUUCGCCCUUGAGGGCAUCGGCGGAGGAAGCUUUUUCACCAUGAAAUACAAGUUGUCGGACAUGAGUGAGCAACUGUGGCGCCUUUACAGCAGACUGGACUCUGUGUCGUUCCACCGGCUACUCGCUGAGGACUUGAGCAGCUUUGAGAGGCAGUGGAGCAGCUUCUUCUCCCGCAUGGAACUGGAGAGCCACCUGUCCAUCGUGGAGCUGUCUGAGGCUCAGGCAGGAGAGGCCUUCCGCACAUAUUUCUCCCACGGUCUGAUCUCGAGCAACCUCACAGACAAAAGUAAAGAUCGGCAACCCUUGGUGUUGUUCGGUGCACACUCGACCUCAGAGGACUUGGACAACUACUCCUUCAACUUUCCCUCUGAGAGUCACCAAGUUGGCAACACGGGACCUGGAGGCUCCCCGGCAAGACACAUGAUUUUGCGGUGCGCGGCUCCCCGAGGACCGUUAGCCUGCUCUCGGACCUAUUUCUUUGGAACCACGCACACGUCACCCGACCUCGAGAGUCAACAUGCAAAGUCACAGAAGAGAGAAGUCUCGCUAUUGUCGCGCGUGUAUUCGGCGGCGGUUCAAGCUGUUCUUGGAGGAAUUAAAUGCUUCUCCAGCACCUCCAGUGCCACCAAGGCGAAAGACGUAGCACAGCACACUUUUCUGGCGGAGUUGGACUCGUUGGAUUUAAGCGCAUACCGGAGUAUUCUCAGGUCCAGGUGUGAAUUCAACAUUCAGGCAGGCGAUAACCAGGGAAGAUUCCUUCCAUUGGCUGAUGCCGCAAGCCGCUUUGUCAUAAAAACAGCUUCCAUGACGGUCCGCGACGUGCCAGACCUGCAGGGGCACGGGGGCAACCUGGGCUCCGUGGUCUUCUCCGAAGCCUUCCUUGACUCAAGCAUCAGCAUUCAACACAGAGGUGGCGCUGUGUCCGCAGACAGCUGUUACACGGUCCUGACCGCCACCGUGCCCCGCUACACCUGCUGGAUGAUGGAAUCUGACGUCCAGCAGUCCGAGCUGGCCCAGCAACUCGCAAAGAAAGAGGAAAACGCAUGUCUGGGAAGCGCUCUGACCGACGCCGACGCCGCUUACGUGUUGUCCGGCAGUCCACUCUCAGCGCCAGAAGACGGGAAGAUGGUCUUCUUCUCCAGGGGGCUUCUGUUUGUCCACUCACAGUACGGAAGCGUCACUCUCUCGCAGGAACACAUCAGCGCCGUCAGAUUCUACGACCCAGACCCCGAUGCUGUAGCGUCACUCUUUGUGGACUACAAGAGCGCCCUGCUUCCCCACGUGCCCUUCUCCCUCCACAGCUCGGACCACUGCCUGGUCUUCGCCCUGCAGCCCAGGUCCGAAAGCUACAGAGGCUUCUAUUCCAAGGUUUUGCCGGUGUGGCAAAGUGCUGAAUGUGGACUCACUCUGCACUUGGUGGACCAGGAUCAGCUGACAUGGAGCCACAAAAACAUGCACAGCAGGCUGCAGCAGCUGCACGAUGGUCAAGAGCCUCCCGUGGCCAAACGCAGAGGCACCUUGAAAACGUUGCACUCGCACCUCCCAGAGCGAGAAAUGUUUCUGCAGCACUUCUCCUUGAGCAGCAUCGGCGAGGAGCCCAUACUGUCCGACCACCUGGGGGCGCUCUUCCCCUCCGCAGAACUGAGUGCUGCCUCAGGGAACCAUGGAGACAAGGUUGUCAUCACCAUCAUUAGUGGGCUGCCAGGAAGCCACAAGGAGACACUUUGCCAUUUCCUGGUGCAGCUGAACAAAGAAUACGGAAGGUGGUUGGUGUAUCCUCCCACGGCGGACGCCUGCGACGACGCCUUCUCGGCCUCCCGUCUGCAGGAAUUUCUGUCCCACGUCGCCGUCAGCCAGAAGAAGAGGAUGGGAGGGAAGGUGCGCCUGUUGGUGCUCUCACCUGGAUACACGGAUGUUCUGGACCUUGUCCAGGCCGUGCUUAUACACCCGGACCCCAUCGUCCGCGCCCGUUUUACCAUCGGUGCCGUCACCGCCUGUGUGGAUCCACUCGCCUCCUGCAUGGAGCACAGGUUUGCUUUUCCCAAGCUGCUGGAGCAGUGCAGCCAAGGUAUCGUGAAUGCUGUGGUGUUCACUGGGGCUGCGGCAGACCAGAAGCACCCCCUCGUGCGGCACGUUCAGCAGGUGGUACGUGCCGCCAACCCAACCGCCGCCUUCGUCCUGGCGGCGAGGGGAGCCGUCACAAGGAAUGAAGAUGUCCAAGUGAUUUUGUCGGAGAGCAGCUUCAGUGCACCUCAGAUGCUGAGAGCACGCUACGUCCUCUACCCUGGCUGGUGCAACGGCCGGUUCCUCUCUGGUUCCGGAUCCUCGGUCCUCUCCCAGCAUCGCGUUGCUUUCAGCCGGCCCCUGGAGAGGUCUCUAUUUGUGGCCCGCUCUAAAGCGUUCAAGACGUCGCUGAGGCCAAGCCCCUUCAAAGGAAAUGUCUACAAUGUGUGGGGAAAAGUCAGAUUCUCUGACUCGCCGCAGGUGACGGAGGUGAGCUACAGCGCGGCGAGCGGCGACCUCCGCAUUGUCCCAGAGCAGAGCGCCGAGCCCAAGAGUGAAACCUCCUGCUUCCUGGUCUUUGAUGGCGUCGGCCUGACUGAGGAUGCGCUCAAGGACUGGCUCAGACUGUGCGCCAAGCAGACGCCGACCAAGAAGACUAAAAAGACCGAAAUGACGCUUUCACCUCAAGAAAUGAAGAACAUUCAUAUGAGCCGACGCUCGGACCCGCUGCCGCCAGGAUUCUUCUACAACGGCUGUCAGUACGUAGAUGUGUUUGGAGAGAAGCGAGACUGCCAUCCCAACAUGUAUCAGUUUGUUCAAGAGUACGUGGCCGAGGCCAACAAACGCAUCGAGACGUUCAACCGCCAGCUGGAGUUGCGAGCGGACUUGUUUGAUCCCUGAAAAUAAAUCGUCGACUGGUUGGUGGGGGGGUGGGGCACGGGGGUCACUGAAAACUCCACUUCUUUCUUUCAAGUGAAGGUGAGCUAUUGGAUAAGUUGUUUGUCUUUGGAAGAAGUCCGUUUCGCCGUCCAGGACCCGCCAGCUUCGGGGCCUGGCACAAACCGAAGGGAAUUUCUCCGGCCACUCUCCCGUGGCGUUUAUGUCACUUGGCGAAUUAAUGCCUCUAUUUGCGGCGACUGUGCCGGCCGGGCGACUGUGCCGGGCUCCCCCGCUGGUGGGCUUUCUCAAGAAUUGUCGUCACCCAAUCCGCCCCAGCACCUGCUUGUUCCGUCCUGAUGUAAACAACAAACGUCGAGGCCACCGCCACGACAACGGAGCGAGCUGCGUUAUUUUAAGAUACCCGCUGCAAAACUAAUGAAAGUGCAAUUAAGUGAGCAGGGGUCCCCACAAUGGCGGAACAGCUGAGGGCGGUGUUACGUGUCCUCCAGAAUCUUCUCUGUAUAUCACCGUGCUCUUUUUUUCCACUCGUGGUUACCAGGAAGAAAGUCAGCGACAGAUGCGAGCUCAUACACGUGAUCAUUCAUUUAUUUGUUUUUUUUUU